UGCCAGCAGUGGUGCUAUGCCCUUUUAAUCACUCUGUGCACAGGCCGAACAGCCGACUCUUUCUGGGACUGGAGUUUGAUCAAAAUGCUCAUGUUUGACUGUCUGCCUGGAAAGCAAAACCCAAUGGAUCCAACUUCAAUGCCAUUCCAACAUAUGGGACGCCUAAAGCAUGAUAUUAAAUCUGAGAACAAGCACAACAUCACUUACUCCCACGCUGGACUUCUUCAAUCGCUUGAGACCAAUGCAGGUCAAAUUGAGCCAGUAGAUCUCUCGCUGAACAAGAAACAUUCUCCGCGUAUGUCAAGUUCCCCUUCCUCACCGUACUCAUUGACUGUGCUGUCUUCGACAUCUCCUACAAUGAAUGUAUCUCGUUCAGGCUCACCUAAUAAGAGGUCACCUCAGCCGCCUAACAGCAUGCCAUUAACCAGCCCCGCAGUGCUGACGAGCCACCUUUUAUCCCGAUCAACCAUUCCAGGCUCAGGAUUGUACCCCGUGAUUCAUCCAGUGGUGGUACAGCCUGUCGUAUAUACUCAGCCUAUAAUGGUUCCCGCUAUGUUAAAGGACGAGAUGAGGAAUAAUCAGCAAGGUUUUCCGAUGCAGUGUGCGAUAUCUGGUCCCCGAUAUCUCCCUAGGCAGCAGCAUCCGCAGUUUUGUAGACAUUCAAGAGGAGUUCAGAUCUUCGACGCCGAUGAUCAAAGAGAUAUGGUGAUGAAAGCAAUAAAUCACAAACAGGAGUAUGAACUGUUAGAUAACUGCAUCAACGAGGUGUCGUCUUCAGUUGUCAGUCCUAUUCAGCCAGUUCCAUCGCACGAGAGUCAUACUCCUUCAGUUAUCGUACAUACUGCUGGAAGACCACAUCCUAUUGAGUCACCAGAUACUCAAAGGAAGCGUCGUAUACACAGAUGUGACUUUGAGGGAUGUAAUAAAGUGUAUACAAAGAGUUCACACCUCAAGGCACAUAGGCGGACACACACAGGUGAGAAACCCUACAAGUGUACUUGGGAAGGAUGCACGUGGAAGUUUGCCCGCUCGGAUGAGUUGACCAGGCAUUACCGGAAGCACACUGGCAUCAAACCUUUCCAGUGCCCUGACUGUGACCGCAGCUUCUCUCGUUCAGACCACCUUGCCCUGCACAGAAAGCGUCACAUGCUGGUCUGAGUUUCUCGCUGUUCACAAUGUAAUCCAGAUCAGAUGCAAACUAUUCACAUAGGUUUUCUUAACCAAGAUUCAGCUGGGCUGAAUCCUUCAACAGAUGAACACUUCCAUGUUCUCAGCACCUGAAACACAAACAAAGCUCAUUUUGCUAUGUGCAGGAGUCAUGGUUAACAAUAAGGAUGACUUUAUAUUAGUCCGUAACAUUCCCCACUUUAUCGUCUCAUUGGUUCAUUGAAAUUGUCAGAAUUUCUUCUGAUUAAUAGGCCUUAAUGUUCUUGCCAGAGAGAUUCCUUCAUCACCAUAGAAUGCUGCUUUUUGCUAUAUCCUUCACCAAAACUACGUCCUAUCUAAAAUGGAUUAUUUUUGUCAAAAACAGUGCUAUCUCUUUAUUGUGCAGAGAUUGGUUUGUGCUUUGAAUUAUAAUAUUUUUACUGUGAGGGUGGAGGACUUCAUGAAAUUCAAGCUCUAGCAACUGUGAAAGAAGAAAAGACCUCAAGAUACAAUUGGAGUUCCUCCAGUAUUUUAUGUGUGUUGCUCAAAAUUUCCAGCAUCUGCAGAAAUCUUUUCUGUCUCCGUUGGAGGAAACCUGCUCCCUAGGAACUUUAUUGCCAUGUAGCCAAAUAUCCAGUGACAUUUCUUCAGUAUAUUUAUUGAAGGUGAACUCCCUUCAGUGGUUAAAUUUGUAUCUCAAUAUCAACUCAAGCCAGUUCAUGAAGUUAAGCACCAAAGAUACAUCAACAAUGACUUCUCUUCAUAUUGUUCCACAUGUGAAGCUACCAGAAAUUUCACCCAUUAGAAGGCACAAUUACCAUUUUCUCAAGACUUUCAACAAUGAUUCUGAAAUUUAAUAAAGGAAGAAGAAGAAGAAAAGACAAUCUUUUGCACCUGAGGUUAUAAGCAAGUGAUUCAGGAACAUAGUUAUGCUUCUCUAUAUAGUCUACCUUUUCAUUGUUGAUUGGAUCAAAUAUUUUUACUUUUCAGAUUUUUUUUUCACUGACUUAAAUAAGUGGGUAAACACAAAUGGAAAAAAAAAAGUUCACAGAACAAAUUGUCUAAAAUUAACAAAAAAACUCUAAACCUUCAAUUUUUACCAGUCACUUGUAAAAUUUUCAGUAAAUUAUACACUGUUUUGCCAAAAUUUUCUUCCUUAUAAUCCAGAUAGUUCAAAAAAGUCUUGCAAUCACAUUCUGAAUUUAACAAUAUUGACCUAAUUGUGAACAAUGGCAAAACAUCAAUUUACAUCAGCAAGCAUGACUCUUAUUUAGUCAUCUGAGUGAGAAAGGAGGUUGUUUCAAUAUAUGUCUCAAAGAUUUCAGUUCUCAUCAUUAGUUAUUCUAGCAGCAUAACACAUUUGUAAUUGUGCAGCUAUUCCUAACAUACUCCUAUAGUUAGUAGAAUAGAAUGCAAUAACCAAAUGCAGCAUUUGGUCUGUCCUAGUCAACCUUAACCCAGAACACCCUGAAAAAAUUAGGUAUAUUUGUUGAAAAGAAAAAUUGUGAAAAUCAGUACAAGAAAAUACAAUCUGCCAAUAAGGCAUUUACUGCAACAUGUGUAAUAUCUUGCUUAAUUAUUUUAAGGUAUUGGGGCAAUAAUAUUAAGCUUCUCAAACAACAUCAAUUAGUUAACUCUUUGUUAAGUAUCCUUAUUAUUGGACCAUUGCUUGCAGUUAUUGAAGUUUUAUAAGCUCUCAUUGUAGCCAGUCAACAAAUUGAAUACUUUGAGUAUAUAAGUGGCAAAACUAAUUUUUCUACAUACCGCUAGGACAGGUCUGCGUAACAUUACUGUUACAGUCACUAAAACAUUUCAAAAUGGAGUGUAUUGAAAUCCAAUUUUUUCUUGUUACUUCCAUAUUUUGAGAAGAGAAUUUUAGCUGAAUUGGAAUGGCUUAUCAAAAUUAAUCACUACUAACAUUUCCAAUACAUUGACUGUAAUAUUUUUCAUUUAAACUUUUAAAUGAGCAGGACACACAGUGAUAAACCAUUAUAACUUAUAUUAAGAUAAGUUUCAAUUACCUGUGAAAAUAUGUUUGUAAGCCACAGAUUGCUAACAUCCUCAGCCAUAAAUCACAGCUUUUAAAAUACACAUCUUGAAUUAUUUCCCUCUACUUAGAGACUGAAAAUAAGUAAUCAUCAGCAUGCCAGUUUUCAGUUUACCUUCAUGAUUUGAGAAAUCAUUUCCUGUAAGAUGUGUAUUGUGACUCCUGCAGCAGAUUGGGAUAUGUAUAUAAAUCAAUUUAAUGCAGUUCAAUCUACCAUAUUCCAUAGAUUAUAUUCUUGCAAUUUGAAAUGCAUUUAUUUUUACAGGCCUUCAAUGUUGUUUAAAGCACUGACCAGUUUGAGACUGAAUCCAGAAAAGAAGGUAAAUAAGUCAGUCUCGAAUUUGUACAGUUAGUUAAUCCCAACCCAGACGCUCCUGAUAACACUGGAGAUUCUACAAUCUGUCUCUGGAAAAAAAAUUAAAAGUUGCAGGACUUUCUUUUGGCAAUCAAAAGCAAUAACUUGUUGCAAUAAAGCAGAUGUACAUGUGGCUCUCAGGGAAGGACAUGGCUGUGAAGUUGUCAAUGAUUAAGUGGACCUGCACUAUCCUAUGGUCGCAGGUGAAAAUUAACUGAUCAGUAAAUAACUCAGGGAGAGUAUAGAGGUAUCUAGAUCCGUGGACUGCAACCCAACAGCAAACCAAUCAGUUCAGGGACAGAACUGGAGCUAGAUUAGUUUUUUUUUCUCACUUCAUUUUGGUUGAAAAUUGGGUUUUUAAUUAAUCUUGGUAAGGUUAAGCUUUCUACAUGGAAGAUCAGAAUUUCACCACAUAGCAAAUUAGAUCCAAGGGGAUCAAUAUUCAUCUUUAGUUGUUUUCACUAAUAUAAUAGUGCCUUUGGAUUAAAGUCUGUGUUAGUGCACGUGACCAGAGGUGAAUUUUUACCCUCUCUUGUGUUUAUAAUUUCAACCAACAUGUGAAUGUGGAGAAGAAGUAAACGUUUAGAUGAUCUGCAUCAAAGCAGUAGAUUGAGAGUAGGUCAUUGCUGAUAGGAAUGUCUGUCUGGAAUAGAAUUACAGGUAAUGCUCUGCUUCGGGGGCACAAGAUGUUACAUUCUGUGCAAUAGGACAAGAAUAGUAGAAACCAGUAGUUCACAUACAACGUGGUAAAAUAUUGCUAAAAAUUGAAAUAUGUGAACACAACACCUUGUGGCAGCUGGCCUGCCUUAUGGACAGUAGUCAUACAUAUUCUAUGUUUCAUAUUAAAGAGUGACUUAUUUCCUGUAAGGAAGCCGUGUGGGUGAUAUGUUGAAGAAUUUAAAAUAAAAUGCACUUGAAAAUGGGUGUAAUCAGGUAAUGUUCACAACAUGAAUAAUAAUCUGGGAGUAUUUUUUGGAGAAGAGAUGUGAAAAUAAAUCACCUCUCUGCUUUAAAAUUAAAAAAAUAAGUAAUAAAGCAGAAAGAGUUUUAAAAGACAACAAAGCACACAUUAUGUGCUGUGUCAUAUACUGAGAUGGGAAGGAGGAUUUAGAUGCAUACACAGUUUGAAUCUAUUCUUCUCAUCUUAGACAUCUAAAAUGUGAAUUUUUAUAAUUUUUUGAGGGGAACAUACAUUUUGGUUUAGAAUUUGGUUUUGGGAUAAUAGUUAGAGAAGCUUAUUGUGACGGUAUAAAAGUGAUCCUGAACAGAUGAAAUAAAAAGUCAAGGUGGUAACAAAUAUUGUUUUCUUUUUAUUUUCAUAAUCAUAUAGAGGGGCAAUUAUAAAAAGAGGUUGAACCAAUCUAAGCAUGAGUAAGGUGAACAGUUAAUCAUGUUCCUACUGUGUACAGCGAUGAUAUUAAGCAGUGUAUGUAGCUAUCAAUUCUACAUUUUUCAGAAAAAUAUUCCUUAGAAGUUUAAUUUUAAUAUGUAAAGCUUUUAAUAGUGGCACUCAGACACUAUUUCUGUUGUACAGCAGUAUUUGGUUAACUAGAAAUCAAAUUAAUUUUUCAAUAAUAUUUCCACUGAUCCAUGAAUUUAACAUUAUUUUUCUGGAUGCAGGAAAUGCUGAAAAUUAAUUCAUUUCGGCGUGAAAACAUUGAUUUAAAAAAAAAAUAGUUGCUGCUUUUGUUUCAAAGGAAUUCAAGAAAAAAUUAAUAAUUAGCAAAAUAAUUCAUGGGUGAAGAAUUCAAAACAGAAUUAAACAGAAUUAACUAAAUUAUGUCCCUCCCUACCAAUCAAAUUGGAUGGAUUUUAUCAACAUUAAUGGUGGGGAAAACGCUUCAACAUCAUUGCAGCCGUGAUAGAACCCUGUUCAUACUGCCCUCUUCCCCACAGGUGCACAAAUUUCUCCACCUGCUCCAGAUUUCCAACUGGUGCAGAUGACUGCAACAGUAGGUAAAGUUGGUGAGGGAAAAAGCUAACUCUGUUAGAAAAAGACUUCUAAUUUUCAAAAGAAUAUUAUAAAUUCUUACUGAAAAUGCUAAACACUCAUUAGGCCAAAUAGCAUCCAGUAAAGGGAUUUCAACUGGAAAUAUUAACUCUUGUUUCUCUUUCCACGGAUGCCACCUGACCUACUGAAUGUUUCUUGUAUUUUCUGCUUUUAUAUCAGAUUUUUAGGAUCUGUAGUUUUUUUAAAAAAUUCAAAUCCUUGUAGGGAACAGAGAAAUUUCACUGCAAAUCAUUAUGUUAUUACUCAUAUUUGUAAAAAUAAUUCUCCCUUUUCACCAUUAUGUACUUUCACUUUAGAUUUAAGCGUUCCACUGUUACAUGGCUAAGAUUAUUUCAUCUGGUCAGCGUCUCUGCAAGCCUGCUUUUGAAUACUCCAGCAGAUUAUUGCUAAUAGCUUAAGCAGUAAAUUGUGCUGGAAAAUAUAGAACAACAUAGGAUUAUAUUUCAAGAGUUAAGACUAAAUGAGUAAUUCUGGGUUUAUAUUAAGUCUUGUUAACUUUAUUUAAAUCAUUUAAUAGUGUAUGCAGUCAGUAUAAUUAAAGAUGUGAAAUUUUUAAGAUAUUUUUACUAUUUCUUCAACAUUUCUGAUUGUCCCAUGGGAGUUUAGUAAUGACAUUUUGUCAUAUCAAACUGUGAACACAAAUUUGUACUGUACAGUCUUCUUAUUCUGUAUUCAAUAUAUACAUACAUAUAUAUGUGUGUGUAUGUAUCAUACAUCUGUCAAUAAAACUCUAUA